AUGGCCUGUUUCUCUGUUCGAGCUCGUCCGCCGUGUCCCACUGAACCUCCUCCCCCUUUCAUCUGCCUCUUUCGUUAUCUUCCCCCGGAUCAGGAGCAGGAGGAAUCCAGGACGCCCUUCCAGAGAGCAAGACGUUUCAUCCAUCACACAGCCCCGGUGAACGUCCGGAGCUGGCUGUGUUUGUGGACGGAGGUGGCGAGUGCAAUUGAACGUGACGGCAGAUACAAACGAGGAGAUGAAGAGGUGGGAGGCUCCUGGCUGCUCGCUCGUGUUGUCCUGAAGUAUAAGUUUAGUUUGAGGCUCUGGCCGAGGUCCCAGCAGCAGUGGGAGGGAUCCAACACCUCCUCCUGA